CUUUGAUCGACCUCUCUCACACGAUCGACCAAUGUGUCACAGAACCAUACCGGCUCCCCUCUCCUGGCCGUGCUGACUGUCGAGAGAGGAAACGAGCAACGAUGUCUUUUUCGACAUCGCCGCCGGCGCCUCCGCCGUCGGACGACGCGUCGUCGUUGCCUACAGCAUCAACAUCCAAGGUGAAUCCAGAGCCUCUGUCGAACGGCACUGCGCCCGGGCCCAAGAAGAAGCGGCGGCGGCUCGAGGACCUUAGCUUCUCCAGUCCUGGACCAGCAUUCUCUUCCCAUACCAAUUCGACAGAUGAGGAUGAGAGUCCCAGCGAUGCCAGGGAGCCCAGCAACAAUGACGAUGAAGAGGAGAUGCGGAAGAGGUUGCUGGCGAGGCGGGCCCGAAGGAGUCUGCUGGCCAGUCAAAGAGAGGUAGCCGCCAAUACGGCCAAGGCUGCCCAUGCCAUCCCGUCUUAUCCCUCUACCGCCGCCGCCAGCAGUUCCUCCUCCGCCCCGGCAACGGCAACGUCGAAUUCGACAACGACGCCUUCUUCCGCGUCGGGCUCCCCCGGUCCCUUGUUGCAGCGCGUGGCAUCGCACGGACCCAAAUCAAAACCGAGACGCUCUGCCUCUGCUGCUACUAAGGCACCGAUACAAGAGGGAAAGGGAGAGAAGGUGGCAAGCGCGACGCUGCGGGACAGGCGAUCAUUGCGACUGCAGGAAAAGAGGAGAGAACUGGACGCGAUUCACUCAGAUCACGACAUGCUCGUCCGCGAGCUUUUCCACCUGACAAAAUUUGUGACCUACAUAGGCUACGAUCCAGAGAUAGCACGCAAAGACACUACCGACGUCUUUGAGAGGUUUCGAAUGGAGUAUGAUUUGGCAGCCCGCUUAUCCCACCAGGGCGGCGACGGCGGCGGCGGUGCUGCGGGGAGUCAGAGGGGCGAGCGGAGGAAUACGAGGAGAGUCUUGAAUGCGAAGCGAAGUGACCUCGCUCUACCAUCCACCACUGUCAAGAGGUCGCCUGUCAAGCGAAUCUCGAUGGACGACGUCGUCUCCAAGGUCAAUGGCAAGGGUAAGGACAAGGGCAAAGGCAAGGCAGCUGUGCCGCCGAAGCAGAACAAUCCACGCAAGCGGAAACCGCCUGCAGGCUCAAGACGUUCACCAGGCUCAGACUCGAGCUCUUCUCUGUCCUCGUCAUCAUCCUCAUCAUCGUCUUCGUCUUCGUCGUCAUCGUCAUCGUCAUCGGCCUCGAGCUCAGACUCAGAUCAGGAUGAAACGCCUCGCCCGAAGAAGGGCAAGCAAAUUAAACGAAUAGGCACAGCAGCAAGACGAAGGCCGCCUCGCUAUGUCCCACGGCCCCCUGUUACCAUCGAGCGUAUCGACGGCGUGCCACGACUUCGGGUCAUGGCCCCUCACCAGCUACCCCGAGCUCCUCAAUACGGCUCUUCCCUCCACUCUUACCUUCAUUCGCACAUCUUUUCGGGCGAUCUGAGCCACUCUGGCGACUUUGAAGUCAUCACGCCCAGGCAGCAGCAAGAGCGCGAGGCACGCGACGUGAACCUUUACCGGCGCAUCGACGAGCUGAAGAGCCAGGGUCUUCUGACAGGAGACAGUGGCGUCAGUCCUCGGCUGCUCAAGCAGCAGGGCCCAGCGCGCAGACCGACACAGUGGGACUCGCUCCUCCAGUCGAUCUCGCACCGCGCGCACAAGCAGCGGAUCGAGACGAGGGCACGCAUGGCCCUAGCCAAGCGGGUUGGUCGGAUGGUCGUUGCUUACUGGGACGAACGGCUAGGGAGGGGCGAGAAGCAGCGCAAGGCAGAAGAGAGGCGAUUGCGCCAGCUGGCCAAGUGGACCGUUCGAGAGGUCAUGAAGCACUGGAAGCUGGCUGUGAAUGUCGUCAAGGCAACGAGGCAGAAGCUAGAGAAGGAGGAGAAAGAUCGUGCAGGCCGGGAGCAGCUGAAGAAGGUGCUCGAACAGAGCCAGGAGAUGCUGGGCAAACAGCAGAGGGACCUGCUGGGAAACGACGACUCGGAGUCGAGCCAAUCUGACCUCAGCGAGGAUGAGGACGAAGACGAGUCUGAAAGCGACGAGAGCAUGGUCGAGAGUGAAGGGGAGGAGGUGUCACUGGAGAGCCAAGAGAGCGAGUUGGAGGAGGACGUCGAAGAGGAGAGUGAGGGCGAGGAGAGAGAGGUCAAAGUGGCGGCCAUUGACACAAUGCAAGUCGACGAUGACGCAUACAGAACCCCUGCUCCGCCUGCUCCAGCAGUAAAUAAUGGCACGUCUACUGCCAACGGCUUCGCAGCACGAUCAGAGGACCGCGCGGAUGACGACGACAUGGGUGAGCUAGGAGAGGACGACGACGAUGAAGAAGAAGACGCAGUCCUCUUAGUCGGCGGCGGCUCCCACCUCAGCCCUUCAAAGCGAAGUUUAACCUCGCCACUUACCCCGUCUUUGCGCACCAACGGUCACCUCGAGUCCAAUGGAAGCAAUGUUGAGGUUGAAAGCCGAAGUCGGCGGACGAUACGCAAAAGUGACAAGUUCGAAGCUCUCAAAGCGGCCGCUUCAAAGGCUGAUGAGGCCGAUGCGGACGACGUCGAGUUUGUCGCCGUCAAUGACGCCGCGUUGGAUGAGGAUGCCGAGCUGGAGCGAAAAAUGUGGGAGGAGGACAGUGGCGCGGACGAUGACGAUGAAGAGCUCAAUGAAGACGCAACGAUGCCCAUCGAGGAGCUCAUGAAGAAGUACGGCUAUGGCGGGAUGAAGAGCGAGGCCAGCGAAGAGGAGGAAGCCAGCGCAGAGGAUGAGGCAGACAACAAGCUGACAAGCAGCCCGAAGAUCGCCGAGAUUGACUCGGAACACACGCCCUCAAGAGAAGGGACUGAGGAGGAGUCGAGAGACAGGUCGAUGAGCCGGCUGUCUUCGAAGGAAGGCUUUCCUUCGCGAGAGGGUUCAUCGGCGAGAGACCAGGGAAGCAAGAUCAGACCGCCAUUUCUCCUCCGCGGCACUCUUCGUCCAUAUCAGCAAAUUGGGUUCGAAUGGCUGGCUAAUCUUUAUGCCAAUGGAGCAAAUGGUAUCCUGGCCGACGAGAUGGGCCUAGGGAAGACAAUUCAGACCAUUGCUCUACUCGGACACUUGGCAUGCGACAAGGGCGUCUGGGGUCCUCACCUCGUCGUUGCCCCCACCUCGGUCAUGCUGAACUGGGAGGUCGAGUUCAAGAAGUUUCUCCCCGGCUUCAAGAUCCUCUCGUACUACGGUUCUCAACGUGAGCGCAAGGAGAAACGCAGGGGCUGGAACUCGGAGAACAGCUUCAAUGUCUGCAUCACAUCGUACCAACUUGUCCUGGCCGACCAGCACAUCUUUCGGCGCAAGCCUUGGGUCUAUCUCAUUCUCGACGAGGCGCAUCAUAUCAAGAACUUCCGAUCCCAGCGCUGGCAGACACUGUUGGGCUUCAAUUCGCAGAGGAGGCUCUUGCUCACGGGAACGCCACUGCAGAACAAUCUCAUGGACCUGUGGAGUCUCAUGUACUUCCUCAUGCCCAAUGGUCUGACCAGCGAAGGAACAGGAUUCGCCAACAUGAAGGACUUUCAAGAUUGGUUCUCCAAUCCUCUUGACAAGGCCGUCGAGCGUGGAGAGGCCGAGAUGGACGCUGAGACGAGGGGGAUGGUGUCGAAGCUGCAUACGCUUCUGAGGCCGUACUUGCUUCGACGGCUCAAGAGCGAGGUCGAGAAAGAACUCCCUCGGAAAUACGAGCACGUCAUCCAUUGUCGAUUGUCGAAACGGCAACGCUUCCUGUACAACGACUUCAUGUCACGGGCCAAGACACGGGAGAGCCUGGCAUCGGGCAACUACCUGAGCAUCAUCAAUUGCCUCAUGCAGCUUCGGAAGGUCUGCAACCAUCCUGAUCUCUUCGAGGUCAGACCUAUCGUCACGAGCUUCGCCAUGGAUAAGGGCGUGGCGGCAGAGUUCGAGAUUAAGGACCUGCUCGUCAGGAGGGAGCUGCUGAGAGAAGAGGAGGACGAACGCGUUAGCUUGGAUCUGGGCCUGACGCAGCGCGAGCAUCUAUCGCAGGUCUCGACCAGGAGCCUAAAAAAGCUGGACGCUCACGACCAGCUCAUUCAGACGCGCGGGCGAGGGGCUGCCGAGGAGCCAAGGGAGGUUGACGCUUCUACCAUAGUGAGCUUCCAGAGGACGAUCGACCAGCGUCGACGCUGCGAACAGGCAAGGAAAUGGAAGCAUAUGGCCGACGUCAGCCACGAGCGCUGCCGAAAUCACCAGCCAUUCUUUGGGAGCGACGGCCUGGACCUCAUUUCCAGACUCGGGAAUCGAAGCCACCUCCUGCCCCUUGACAUUGCUGAGAAGGAUCGCCGAGGCGCCCUCAACCGAUGCGACACGGCCUGCAGAGCAGUGCUCUCAUACCAGCAACGGGAAGAGCAGUACGCCGAUGUUAUUGACCGUUUCGCAUUCGUGACACCUCCAGCUGUUGCUCUCGACGUCGCUCGCCUUGCCCUUGGCGCAAAUCGGAGCCAAGAGCUCCAGCAGCUCGACGAUGGCAUCCUUCACCGUUCAGCAGUCAAGCUGCAGAUCGCCUUUCCCGACGCAUUCCUCCUCCAGUACGACUGCGGCAAGCUCCAAGAGCUAGAUGUGCUCAUGCGUCGCUUGAAAGCGGGUGGGCAUCGCAUCUUGAUUUUCACACAGAUGACGCGCGUAUUGGACAUCCUCGAGGCCUGGCUCAACCUGCAAGGAUACCUCUACCUCCGCCUUGAUGGUGCAACGAAGCUCGAGCAGCGUCAAGGCCUGACAGAGAAGUUCAACCGAGACGACAGAAUCAUGGCUUUCAUCCUCUCGACACGCUCCGGUGGAUUGGGCAUCAAUCUCACAGGGGCUGACACGGUCCUCUUCUGGGACCUCGACUGGAAUUUUCAGAUCGAGGCGCAGUGCAUGGAUCGUGCGCACCGGAUUGGCCAGACGAGGGAUGUGCAUAUCUACCGCUUCGUCAGCCGGCACACGAUUGAGGAGAACAUGCUGCGCAAGUCGAAUCAAAAGCGCCUGCUCGACAGCAUGGUCAUUCAACAGGGCGAUUUCACUUUCGAGGGCCUCAUGAGUCACCUGUCGGGAGGAGCGGGAGGAAAGGAGAAGGAGAGCUGGAUCGAAGGACUAUUCGACGAGGGUGGUGAGAGUAUCGCAGGCGUCAAGAUUGGGACCAUUAAAGAGCCUGCCAAUGGCAAGAAAAUCGAGAGGGCCAUGGAUGAAGUCGAGGAUGAGGAAGAUGCAGAAGCGGCCAAGGCCGCAAGGCAAGAGAUGAACCUCGACUCGGACGAUUUCAUCGCUGAAGGCGCCCCUCCUCGAGCGGAGGAGGGAGGACAAGAGCAACAGCAGCAGCAGCAGCAGCAGCUAGAGCAAGAGAACAGUGAGCUGCGUGAAGGCCACGAAGAUCGUGAGAACGUAGAGGACGAGGACGAUGAAGGAGGGACGAUCGACGAUUAUUUGCUCAACUACGUAAACCGCGAUUGGGAGCACUUUAGCCAGAUCUGAACUCAUGUUCCGGGCCUUCAUGAGAUUGAUAGCAAGCUGUACGAUACGCAUAAGCACUCAGAACUUGAAAGGAAAAAGAAAUCCUGCUUCCUCUAGCUCGACGACGUCUUCUACAAAUGACAGUGAAGAAGUGUAAGCCGCCUACCUUUCGGCGGAGAGAUCGUUUCCCUUCUUCUCGCGUCAUAGUCGCCGAGUACAGGGAAGAGAGGAAAAGGUCCAUAGUAUUGAUAUCAAUUCUGCAAGCACAGAGGGUCAAAAUCUUGUGCGUUCAGUCCAUGAGGUCGACGCCGGUGGGCGUGGAAAUUGCGACCACCCUUGCGCCGUAUUGAAAGGGAUCGCCAUCAUACGCUACCAUCUCUUGUUUGGAGUCGAGAUCGAGGAUGUCCAGGAU